AUGGGUUCCUAUACGAUACGCAUCAAGAACCAGUCGCCGAAGUCCCAGACGUACACUGUGUGCUCUGAGGAGGUUUACAUCUUGGAAUCGGCCAAAAAUGUGCUGGUGAGCUCUAUGGUGAAUCCAGGAUCGUCCUGCGACAUCGUCAUCAACGACAAGUUCUAUGUCUGGGCCAAGCCCGCCAGUUCUUCCCCUCGAGAAGUGAUUUCAGAGGUGGGCAUUGGAGCAGCACUCCUUCUGAAGAGUGAUGGACAACAAGCAGCCAUUCAGAAGAUCGAAGGUGUCCCCGAGCCCGGAUGCUUCUCGAUUUCCAUCGAUCCCAGCUUCCUAGAUAGUGGCGUUUUCGGUCUCGGUCUCAAGGCCUCGUCAUCUGCCGUUUUCCAUCCUCUCACGACAACCGAGGCGACGGAGAUCGCGACGUACAACAUCCAGCCGAGCCGGAUCUUCGAAGUGGCUGUCAACGAGCGAUACAAGGAUGGGGACGAACUUCUCAGCAGUGUUCCUCCAGCCUUGUCGGUCACCGUCGACUUCGAGGCCGGCACCCGAUUUAUCACGGUCGUUCAUGGCACCAACGGUGCCGCCGCCGAGGUCUUGUCCGUUGAGGACCCGAUGGUAAUGAAGAAGCUGCAAGAGGAGAUGGACCGAGUGAAUAAGGAGAUGGAAGAGGAGAAGAGGCGGGCUGCGGCGGCUGCUGAACAAAAGAGACAGACUGAGAAGCUUGCUGCCGAGAAGCUUGCUGCUGAGAAGAUCGCUGCCGAGAAGGUCGCUGCCGAGAAGCUUGCUGCUGAGAAGAUCGCUGCCGAGAAGGUCGCUGCCGAGAAAGUCGCUGCCGAAAGGCUUGCUGCCGAGAAGGUCGCUGCCGAGAAGGUCGCUACUGAAGGGGUUGCUGCGGAAAAGGCACGCAAUCUGCAGAACCAAAGCAUCCUUUCCGGCCAUUCAAUCGCUGCCACCGCAUGGUCUGCAUGGCACAUGCGUGUGUACUUUCAAGACGGCCGAGGAGGAGUCCGCGAGUCCAGACACGACGAUGGAGUCUGGAGUGGUGGAGAUGCCCGGAGUGUCCUGUUUACGACCAAGAUGGGAACCCCUUUAUCCGUGAUCAGCUGGGACAAUGGGCAAAAGAUUCGUAUCUAUUAUCUCUCCUCCCAAGACAUCCUCCAGGAGUAUUGCUACUCAGCAGGCUACGGCUGGUUCCACGGAAGCCUGAACGGACAAUCCAUCCGAGUCGCGCCUGGAUCGAAAAUAUCGGCCAUUUAUUGGCCUGUCGAUACGUCCAUUCGUGCCACAUCUUGGGCCAUCCAGGAAUACUGCUACUGCGGUCAGAGUGGUUGGGGCCGAGGAGCAACACUUUGGAAUGCUCGACCGGGCUCAAGCAUCGCUGCCACGAGGUGGUUCAGUGGCCCACUCGACAGUGUUCACAGGAAUCUACAUAUCCGUAUCUACUACCAAGAUGAGCAGUCAUAUAUCAGGGAGCUGUGCUGGCAAGUUGGGGGCUGGUCUAUUGGUGGGUUUAGCCAGAGGGCCCUUGCCGCCACUCCCAUUGCGGCGAUUGCUUGGCAGGACCAUCAAGUCAACAUACGGGUGUUCUGGCAAGACAAUUCUAAGGUGUUGUUCGAGUCGAAGUACGCCAACGCGUGGGCUGGUCCGUCGAAUGUCACGAACGACGCCGACGAGCACUGCCCAUUCACGGCCGUAGAGCUGCAGAAUGGUCAACACCACAGGAUCUACCUGCGAGAUCGCACAGCUUUGGUGGAGAAGUGUAACGGGAAGUACGGGUAUUACUGGUUCACCGGAGCUUUUGUUUUCCAGCACUUGAGCGUUGAACUGUCGCCCGAGGACAAGGACUUGUCCUUGGACUUAGGUCUCGUGCCGCCCGAGAGAUUCUGA